UGCUCCUGACACGCACUGACGCACUGACGCACAGACUUGUACGUAAAGAAGGAAGAAGGAGUAGCCUCUCUCCAAGAUGGCGGCGACCAUAGACAACAGCAAUGCCGUUCAGGCGACAAAGAGAAAGCAUCUCGGGAUCCCCGAAGCUGUGUUUGUGGAGGAUGUCGACUCUUUUAUGAAACAGCCGGGCAACGAGUCGGCAGACGCAGCGCUGAGGAAGCUGGACGAACAGCACCAGAAAUACAAAUACAUGGAGCUCAACCUGUCUCAGAAGAAACUCAGGUUGAAAAGCCAGAUCCCUCAAAUCACACAGACGCUAGAAAUCCUGCGACACAUGCAGAAGAAAAAGGAGACCACGGCGCCCAUGGACACGCACUUCCUGUUGGCCGACAAUGUUUACUGCAAGGCCUCAGUGCUGCCCACUGAAAAAGUCUGCCUAUGGUUAGGGGCUAACGUCAUGUUAGAGUACGACAUUGAUGAAGCCCAGGCUCUCCUAGAGAAGAACCUUACCACGGCAUCUCGUAACCUAGAGACACUCGAGGAUGAUCUGGACUUCCUGCGAGACCAGUUCACCACCACCGAAGUCAACAUGGCUCGAGUCUACAACUGGGACGUGAAGAGAAGGAGCAAAGAAAACCUCCUGAAGUCAGCAGACAAGUCUUAAUAUCGUCAGGACGGCGUCCACAUCCUGCUAACUAUAUUCUCCUUUUAGUCAAUAAACAACAAACCCCGUCCCUCCCCAAGUCAUGUGUGUGUUCACCCCCAGAGCUCGGCAGAUCAGAGGGCAUGUUGAAAUAUUUCUGUGCUUGAUUCGAGAUUAUUAAACCAAGCGCACUCAUUUUUGAAUAUGCCUUUUUAUUAAGUCGCGCUUCUACCGCUGUUUUCUGUUUUGUUACUUUUUCAAGUAUUUUUUCAAGUAAAAACGAUCAAAAAAACACAAAAGCAACGAGGCGAUGUUUGUAUUUUUAUGAUUUUAAGUAUGUUGCUGUUAUCGUUGGCAGAUUAAUGGCUUUUCUUUCCUUUGCAUUUUCCCCUCGUUACUGGCCUGCACUUGUUUUUCCUUCAACCUGCAACAACCUUCACACACACACACACACACACGGGUCUUUGUGAGUUGUUAAUUCUUGAAAGGCUUAGUAGGAUGACACUCAGAGGGAUCACCUGUAGUCUCGCUCCUCACCGGCUCCUUCUCCUCCCUGGACUUUCUACACCCCUCCUCCUCUUCCUCUCCUUUUAGCCGCUGUUCUGUCUGUAUUUAUUUGUCUCGCUGUAUUCAUUAUACAAUGAAUGAAGUAAAAGAAGAACAUUUGGGCAAAGAGAUGAGACCUUGA